AUGAAGCUUUUUGGCCAACACAUGAUUUCACACUACGCUGCUUAUGUUUUCCACUAUGAGGAUACUACUAUCCCCCUCCUGUCCCUAUUCGAUCAAGAGAUCCCAGGUGAUGAGGCUCCUGAAGAUGCUAUUGCUGCUUCCCCUGAGAUCCGUAAAGAGGAUGAGUCCCCCCCUAAGUUGACUCGGCUUCGAAAUCAUGCCACCAAGAAGAGGAAGGCAGUGGAGAUCAAUGAAUCUGAUCAUGGCAAGUAG